UGAUGAUUUGUUGUUGUUGUUUUGCAGAUGGGACACCCAGGAAUGCCCCACUACCCCCCCAUGGGCAUGCACCCCAUGGGGCAGAGACCCCCCAACAUGCCCCCAGUGCCCCACGGGAUGAUGCCUCAGAUGAUGCCCCCCAUGGGAGGGCCCCCCAUGGGGCAGCCAGGAGUGAACAGCAUGGAUGCACAAGUAGGUGUGACCCCUCCUGGAACUCAGACAACCCAUCCCGUGGUCUCCACAGUCCAGCAAAGCUCCACCAGCACCAGCUCUGCCACUGAGGACCACUCCAAGCAGAAAUCCACGUGGACAGAGCACAAAUCCCCAGAUGGAAGAACUUAUUACUACAACACUGAGACCAAGCAGUCCACCUGGGAGAAGCCAGAUGACCUCAAAACCCCUGCUGAGAGCAGCACAGCCACUGCUGCUGCCACGGGGGGAACUGCUGAGGGGGACCCUGCUCCUGCUGCUGCCACCACAGGGGACACCGAGAGCGCUGGCACUGCCACCGCUGAGGAGCAGGGCCAGCCCAGCGCCGCCACCGGCGCCCAGGACAGCGGCACCGACAGCGCCGCCGCCGCCGGGGAGGAGACGGGCAAGCAGGAGGGGACAGCAGAUGCUGCUGCAAAGAAGGAGGAUGAGGAUGCCCAACCAGUGAAAAAAACCUACACGUGGAACACAAAGGAAGAGGCCAAACAAGCAUUUAAAGAGCUGUUAAAAGAAAAGCGGGUUCCAUCCAAUGCUUCCUGGGAGCAGGCCAUGAAAAUGAUCAUUAAUGACCCCAGAUACAGUGCUUUGGCAAAACUGAGUGAAAAAAAACAAGCCUUCAAUGCUUACAAAGUUCAGACAGAGAAGGAGGAGAAGGAAGAAGCCAGAUCCAAGUACAAGGAAGCCAAGGAAUCCUUCCAACGUUUCCUAGAAAACCAUGAGAAGAUGACAUCCACCACCAGAUACAAAAAAGCUGAGCAGAUGUUUGGGGAGAUGGAGGUGUGGAAUGCCAUCUCUGAGAGGGACCGCCUGGAGAUUUAUGAGGAUGUUCUGUUCUUCCUGUCCAAGAAGGAAAAGGAACAAGCCAAACAGCUGAGGAAGAGGAACUGGGAAGCUCUGAAGAACAUUUUGGACAACAUGGCCAAUGUCACCUACUGCACCACGUGGUCAGAGGCACAGCAGUACCUGAUGGACAACCCCACCUUUGCUGAGGAUGAGGAGCUCCAGAACAUGGAUAAGGAGGAUGCCCUGAUCUGUUUUGAGGAACAUAUCAGGGCUUUGGAGAAAGAGGAGGAGGAAGAGAAGCAGAAGAGUUUGCUGAGGGAGAGGAGGAGGCAGCGGAAAAACAGGGAAUCUUUCCAGCUGUUUCUGGAUGAGCUGCACGAGCACGGGCAGUUGCACUCCAUGUCCUCCUGGAUGGAAUUGUACCCAGCCAUCAGCUCUGACAUCAGAUUCACCAGCAUGCUGGGCCAGCCUGGAUCAACAGCACUUGACCUCUUCAAGUUCUACGUGGAGGAUUUAAAAGCUCGUUACCACGACGAGAAGAAAAUCAUUAAAGACAUCCUAAAGGAUAAAGGGUUCGUGGUGGAGGUGAACACUUCCUUUGAGGAUUUUGUCACUGUCAUCAGCUCCACCAAAAGAGCCACCACCUUGGAUGCUGGGAAUAUCAAGCUGGCUUUCAACAGUCUGCUGGAGAAGGCGGAGGCGCGGGAGCGCGAGCGCGAGAAGGAGGAAGCGCGGAAGAUGAAGAGGAAGGAGUCGGCCUUCAAGAGCAUGCUGAAACAGGCCACACCUCCCAUCGAGCUGGAUGCAGUCUGGGAGGAUAUCAGAGACAGAUUUGUGAAGGAACCAGCAUUUGAAGACAUCACCCUGGAAUCUGAAAGGAAAAGAAUAUUUAAGGAUUUCCUUCAUGUACUUGAGCACGAGUGUCAGCACCACCACUCCAAAACCAAGAAACAUUCGAAGAAAUCCAAGAAGCAUCACCGGAAGCGCUCCCGUUCCCGCUCGGGCUCGGAGUCCGAGGACGACGACAGCCACUCCAAGAAGAAGCGGCAGCGCUCGGAGUCGCGCUCGGCGUCGGAGCGAUCGUCCAGCGCCGAGUCCGAGAGGAGUUACAAGAAGUCCAAAAAACACAAGAAGAAGAGCAAGAAGAGGAGGCACAAGUCUGAUUCACCAGAAUCUGAUGUGGAACGAGAGAAGGACAAGAAAGAAAGGGAGAGGGACAGUGAGAAGGAAAGAGCCAGACAGAGAUCUGAGUCCAAGCACAAAUCCCCCACGAAGAAACGGCCUGGGAAGGAUUCUGGGAACUGGGACACCUCUGGCAGUGAGCUCAGCGAGGGGGAGCUGGAGAAGCAGAGGAGAACUCUUCUGGAGCAGCUGGAUGAAGAUCAGUGAUACCAAAAAUGUUUACAGGUGGCAAAAUAAAACCAAGCCUUGUGUGGGCGAGGCCCUGGGGCCGGUGGCCGGUGGCCCGUGGCCACAACAACGGUGGCUUUUAGUUUUUUACCACUUCAAUCCAGUCAAAAGUAGAAAAAUCUGUGGAAUUCUGAGGGCCUGGAGCUGUGGGGCGGGGUGGGGACACAGAGGUGGCAGCAGUGUCCCCAAGCACUUUUCCCCAGGGAACAGCCCUGGGCUGCCUGGGCAGAGCCCAGCUCAGCAAAAAAAUCCCUAAUUUAAUUCCUUGUGCUUUCACUCACUGAUGGCUUCGGUCGGGUGGGGGUUUCUGGGAAGGCAGCAGGAGUGAGGAACCCGUGUCCUGAUGUGUUCUGCAAACCCCUGGAGCUGGGGGUGGUUUGGCACCGGAACCUUCUGUCCCGGUCCCAGAUCCCAGGAAUGUGCAGGAUGGGAAUUCCCUGCUGUGCCAGCAGAGGGAGCUCGGGACACACAACCACAGAUUCCCAAAAUCCCACCCGGCCCAGCCCCAGCGUUCCUCCCCACCUUCCCUCUUCCCUGCUGAAAAUUUAGGAAUAAAAAUCCAAUGUUAAACCCAAUUCCAUGUGUUGCCUUAAGAACCUGCUGCAGGAUGCAGCUGCAGAGCCAGAGGAGGGAGGAGGAAGCAGCUCCAGCUCUGGUUUCCAGCCCCUGCACGUUCAGCCCUGCUCAGUGAGAAAAUCUGGGAAGCUGCUGUCCUUGGAAUAUUUUUGUACAUUUUUAUCAAUGAUUAAACCUUGUCUUUUAGCA